AUGGUGGAGCACCAGCAGCCAGCAUGGGGCGCGCAGGCCGUGCUCACAACCAUCACAUGGGCACCACAAUCACAUUCCCUGCAGCUGCAAGCGAGGCAGCCUACCGCCGGGCACCUGCAGCGGCAAUGGCGCGUCGCUGCAAAUCCGCCGCGCCGCGUUGUAUUCGCCAGCAUCAGCAGUGCCGCGGGCCCGCAAUUCCGAUUUCCAUGGGGUUGGCCGCAGCCUGCGCCACUACAGCAGCAGCACAAGCAGCAGGGGCUGCAGCAGCUGCUCUUUGAUCCGGGAGCGGACAAUCCGUCGGUCAGCCACGCUGCCCCCAUUGCUGGGGCAGCCGCAAGCAUCGCCGGCGGCAGCAGCAGUGGCAGCAGCAGCAGCAGCAGCAGCGGGGGUAGCAACAGUGGUAAUGAAAGCACAGGGGUUUUCAGUGCAAGCCUGGACACGCCAGAGGCGGGCUCAUGCGGGCUGGCGGGAAACCACCACCAGCAGCACGAAGCGGCAUUGUUGGGCAACGAGGGGCAACGCUUGCAUAUACAGGCGCAGGCGCCACAGCAGCAGCUGGGGCAACAGGCCCAGCAGCAGCAGCAGCAGCAGCGGCAGCAGCCGUUCUGGCUUGCACCCUUCGGCGCCUUUGGCCCGCCCUGCCCUGCCUCAGCCAUGGGCACCGCCUCCGCCGGCAGCCGCGGCGGCGAGCAGCAUCACGGCCUGCGCCUUUUCAGCCGGCACAUCAACUCGGAAGCAGCGAAACUGGCGGGCCUGGUCGGCGCACAGCUGCUCCUCCAUUUCACCAACCUGCAGCGCGGUGUGGCGCACCAAGGGGACGAGCUGAAGGGCCGCAUGCCCUGGCGCCACCUCCGCCUGCCGUGGCAGCGGUCCAGCGGCGCCAGCGGCGCCGACGCGUCAGGCAGCUUGGCGGGCGGGGCGGCGCGGGCGGCGUUCCAGCCGGCGGAGGCGGCGCGGCGGUGGGUGGCUAAGGGGGUGGAAGCCGAGCGGGCGCUGGACCUGCGGGAGGCGCUGUCGUGUUACCAGAGCGCGGUGGCGCUGGAGCCCACAAACCUGGAGUACGUCUGCCGGCUGGCUAAGCAGUGGAGCGACCUCACUUACGAGGCCGGCGCCACCAACGCGCAGGUGGCGGAGGCAAACGCAAAGGGCAUCGAGUAUGCGGAGCGCGCCAUUGCCCUCGACCCCAAGGCCGCUGCUGGCCACAUGGCGUCUUGCGUGAGCAAGGGGCGCCUGGCGCUUUUCAGCGACAACAAAACCAAGGUGCGUCUGGCCAAGGAGGCGCGCGAGGCUGCUGUGCACGCGCUGGAGGUGGAGCCCUCGAACGAUCUGGCGCAUCACCUGAUGGGCAGAUGGCACUUUGAGAUGGCCCAGAUCAAUUUCGUGGUCCGGCAGCUGAUCAAGCUCGUCUACGGCGCCGCCCUCGCCCCCGGCACGUUUGAGGAGGCGCUCACCGAGUUCCAGGCCGCCGCCUCGCUGAACCCCAGCAAGCUGAUCCACCGGGUGGAGCUGGGGCGCACGCUGCUGCGGCUGGGGCGGCGGCAGGAGGCGCUGCGGGAGCUGACGGCCAGCACGAGCCUGGAGGUGGAGGACGUGAACGCCCGACUGCAGCUGGAUGACGCAGAGAUGAUGUUGGUGAAGUUGAGGAAGGAGUUUGAGCGGUCCGUCACGCCGCUGGCGUGGGGCGGCUUUGGCGACGCCACCGGCGACGCUGCCGCGGCGGCCGGCGGCGCGGACGCGGCCGAGCAGCCGGCGGCGGCGGCGGCGGAGCGGGAGGGGCCGCGGCCCGGCGACGGCGGAGGGGGAGGGGCGGCGGCCGCAUAG